CGCUUUGCCUGGAGGCCGCGCGUGAAGUGGUUCGCCUCAAAGUGGUUGUGGUCCUUCAUUCAGUCCUGUCCCUGGGAUGAGGGUUUGGAAGUGGUGUAGGGCUUUGCAAGAAGAUAUGCUAUACUAGCCUGGAAAGUUUUUACCCCGUUUUUUGGUAAAGAUGGCAGCCAACAAUGCAGUGCUGAACAGACUGGAGCAGAAGGGUGCAGAGGCCGAUCAAGUUAUUGAGUACCUCAAGCAGCAAGUUGCCCUGCUCAAGGAAAAAGCCAUCUUGCAAGCAUCUCUCCGAGAAGAAAAGAAGCUCCGUGUAGAAAAUGCUAAACUGAAGAAAGAAAUUGAAGGACUGAAACAGGAACUGAUUCAGGCUGAAAUUCGAAAUGGAGUAAAGCAGGUUGCAGUUCCUCCUGGUACAACCCUUUCUACAGCUUCAUUUUCAGAGGAUGUUCCACAACCUACAGCAGUUACAGCAUCUUCUGGUUCCAAAGAUCAAAUUAAAGGUGAAGAUGAAGAAAAGAAAAAGAAGGAAAAAGUAGAAAAAAAAGGUGAAAAGAAGGAGAAGAAACAGCAGCCAGCUGCUGGAAGUAGCGAUGCAAAACCUGUAGAUGUUUCUCGUCUGGAUCUUCGUGUUGGCUGCAUUAUUACUGCUGAAAAGCAUCCAGAUGCAGACACUCUGUAUGUUGAACAAGUGGAUGUUGGUGAAGCAAGCCCAAGGACUGUUGUCAGUGGUUUAGUGAAACAUGUUCCUCUGGAUAAGAUGCAGAAUCGGAUGGCAAUACUACUCUGUAACCUGAAGCCUGCAAAGAUGAGAGGAGUAGUAUCUCAGGCAAUGGUGAUGUGUGCCAGCUCCCCAGAAAAAGUGGAAAUUCUGGCUCCCCCACCUGGAGCGGUACCUGGGGACAGAAUCACUUUUGAAGGUUUUCCUGGAGAUCCUGAGAAGGAACUUAAUCCAAAGAAGAAGAUUUGGGAGCAAAUCCAACCUGAUCUUCAUACCAAUGACCAGUGUGUUGCUACAUACAAAGGAGUUCCAUUUGAAGUGAAAGGGAAAGGAGUGUGCAGGGCAGAGACCAUGGCAAACAGCGGGAUUAAAUAAAUAAGUGGUUAUUAGAAACUUUUACAGAUGUUGAAAUGGAAAGUGAUGCAAGCACAAUAAAAAAACAUGAAAUGCA